CUUUUAAAGGGGAACAUGUGAGCAGGGAAUGGAAAUCGGAGAGAGAUAUAUAUCAGUAGAGAGAGACGCAGGAGGGGCGCUAUUCAGGGACGUAACCAGGACUAACUUGGGCAGCUCUCAGUAACAAGCCGGUUCCUGAAGACGUUCGCUGAGGAGAUAUUGGAAGAAACCCAUACCAAAGAUGAACGCGAUAGUUUUCAACAAAUUAAGCAACCAAGUCCUCAUUGAAGAAAAUGCGAAAGAGGUGGAAAUGAGCAGUAUAAACUACUUAGAGGUUCUUGAUCGGCAGCAUCCAGAUAUUCUGUCUGGCAACCAGCCAAUCAAAGAGAGCUCUCCCAUCAGGCAUAGGAAGCCUGGGUCCCGGCAGAGUGGCGGUAAGGUCAGGCACAAGCGGCAGGCCCUCCAGGACAUGGCGCGGCCUCUGAAGCAGUGGCUUUAUAAGCACCGCGACAACCCCUACCCCACCAAAACCGAGAAGAUCCUGCUGGCCCUGGGCUCCCAGAUGACCCUGGUCCAGGUGUCUAACUGGUUCGCCAACGCCAGGCGGCGGCUGAAGAACACGGUGAGGCAGCCCGACCUCAGCUGGGCGCUGCGGAUAAAGCUCUACAACAAGUACGUCCAGGGCAACGCCGAGAGGCUGAGUGUCAGCAGCGAUGACUCCUGUUCGGAAGAAGUGGAGAACCCCCUGCGGAAUGAGGCGGGACCCGUCGAGUUCAGCAAGCCCAUGUACCAGAGCGUUAUCAGGAAGGAGGGCGUGGUCAUCGGGGCGGGGCUGAGGGCCGACGCGUCCCUGGGCGAGGACUACACCUCCCCCGCGCCCAAAUACAAGAGCAACCUUCUGCACCGGUACCUCAACGACUCGCUGCGUCACGUCAUGGCCUCCAACGGCGUCACGGACUCGCGCAAACGCAACCACUCCGGCUCCUUCAGCUCCAACGAGUACGACGAGGAGCUGCUCUCGCCCUCGUCCUCGGAAACGGAGGCCAACUUCGUCUACCGCGCCGAGGCUGUGGACCACGGAUCGAGACAAUGUGACAACUCCCGGCAGGAGAAGGGCCGGGGCAGAGACGAGACGUCCUGGCGGGAGAUCAACGCCGCCAUGGCUCUGACCAACCUGGCCCAGGGGAAGGACAGCGAGUCAGGAACCACCAGCUGCAUCAUCCAGAAGUCCUCGCAUAUAUCGGAGAUAAAGACUGUCAAAGUGCCCCUGCAGCACAAGUAUUAGCCCCUGUGCGCGCCACAUUCACAACAUUCCUACCGAGCUCUUCGCAUCUUAACCUUUUUCUCUGGGUUUGUUUGGCAAAACUGCGUCUUUUCCCUUUUCUCAAGCUUUUUUUUAUUUUAUUUUUUUUACCCAUGCAUUGAGCAACCAUUUGUUUUUUUUAUAAUAACUGUAUUAAUGUUAAUUGCAUUAUGCCGAAAAAAUACACUUUUUAUAAUGUUAAAUUAUUUGAUGAAUCUGACGUUUUUCUAAUCUGAAAAUUGUAUUUUACUUUACCGAUGUGCCUUUUCACCUAAGAAGUACAGUCCAUGACUGAGACAUAAUUGUUGUUUGAAGUUAUAUAUUUUUAAAAAAUUAUUACUUUUUUCAAUUUUACAAUGACACUAUUUUUAAAAGACUGUUUUGAAGCUCAAAUUGACGCUCUAAUGCAAAAACCCAAGCAAUUCAAUCCAGCACUGAAGCCUCAAUUGUCAAACCCUGUUCAGGUUUUUUUAAACGGAAUCUGGAAGGUUUAUGACUGUUUAUAUUUUCACUGCACAUCCAACAUUAUCUCCAACAUGAAAUCAUUUGAAAUUAAAUGUUACAUAUGUUGUCUGAGAAAUGUUUUAUUGAAAGGACUGAACAAGUGAGCAAGGCCCUUGUCUGUGAGCAUUGGCCCUGUAAUUUGUCCGUUAGAGUGUUAGCGAUUUUUACAAACAUACAUUUAUACUCAUUCUUGCAUGAAGUAUUGCCCAAGAUUGUUAUUGGCCACAUGGGUUGUGCCUUAUUAUUCCUCCUUAUUAUAUGUUUUUUGUAUAAGUAUGUCCUUUUGGCAAAGUAUUUAAAGAUGAGGCGAAACCAGAAUGGGGAGCUCUAAACACAGUUAUGGUGAAGUAUUCCAGCACGGUUAUUAUUCCCGAGUAUCGGAGAUCGGCGUUCGUUUACAACGCUGUGUUUUCUUUACCAGUUUUAUAGUGCUGUGCUUUCAUUGGCCACUAUGUGAGGAAAUGAACAACUCGAGCACCUCCCAUUUUGCCACCCAGGGUUAAACGCUGUUACACGCACCCAUCACACGUUACCUGCUGUUAGAGUUGGGCUGUUCGUAAAGAUGGAGAGGAAAGUGUCCAGACUGUAUGUUGGUUCAUAGGAUUGUGAGCUUUGGGGUUUGGGGUUUGGGAUUGGCAUUUGUGAGUGAGAUUUUGGCAUUUGUGAGUGGGACUUUGAAUUUGUGAGGGGGAUUUUGCAUUUGUGAGUGCAACAUUGCAUUGGUGAAUAGGACUUUGGCAUUUGUGAAUGGGACUUUGGCAUUUGGGAGGUGGACUUUGGCCUUUGCGAGCUGUCCAGCACAGUCAAAUAAGACACUAGUGCUGUUAGAAGGUAUAGAUGUGGCUGUAUAUCAUCCAACCAAUCAUUUUAUGCAAUAAUCUUCAGCAUAAUUUCACCAUAACACGUGUUAAUGUUUUGUCCAUUAAACAUCUUUUUACGAAUUCCAGGUAACACCCAAGCACUGCUAUAAGCAGAAAACAUGUACAAUUCAUUAUUAAAAGAUCAGGAGCAAUACAGUGUAAUGAGAAUGAAUCCUGGCCACAUAUUUAACUGAGGUGAAGAUACGUUUUUUUUAAUGGACAGAUUGAUAUUUUUUUCAAUUUAUUUUGACUGAUUAAUGGCCCUUUGUGAAUAAUAUGGUGGGUUAAGAAUGAGCUUUUUAAAAUGUAUGUUUUGCUUGUAAAUUUGUGUUUAAUGUUUUGGGGUCGAUUUUAUUUCAAUUUUGUGAUUUGGUUUUCAAGCUUUUUUUACAGUAUGAUUUGUAAAUCAGUGUUCAUCGAUGUUCAAAAUACAGCACAUACAGACUUUCCUGUGUCCCUUGGAUUUCCGAGCUGUUUUUCCACCGCAUUUAACUGUGAGCUGGGUAGCUGGUAAAUAUGACUUUGUGAGGGGAGAAUUUCCUGAAGACUCCUCACAGUGAACCCUGGCCGACAUAUGCCCAUAUACAGCCAGGUCCCCAGAUAUGGCCCUCCACAGUGACUAAAUCGUACACUGUUGCGUCUAAGGCCACAGAAUACUGACAGAAUAAUUUCAGCAAUAACUGGGAAUACAGAGAUAGGUUAGCCCAGCAAUUCUGCGUUCAUGCAUACACACACAUACACACUCAUAAUCUCAGAUUAAAUUAGUGAUGAAAAUCGAUUGGCAGCUUUAUUAUACUUGUUGCUAUUUCCAGCCCUGCCGGUCUGUCUUAGACAUUGUUUCCAGCUGGUGGAAUUUGUGACUGCGUUUCUCCUGUAAAGUUUUUACGCUUUUUGUUUUCAGCUUUAAAAGUUCUGGUACUUUGUCUUUAUUGAUAAGUACGAAGUUACGCCGAUGUGGUAAGAUUACAGUUAAACAAUGAGAGGUUUUGGAGGCAUUUUUAUUUUCUGUUUCCAGUAACAGUGUUAAUACAUAUGAAUGUGGCCUCUGCACAGUGUGGCUUCAGUCCAGAGCACGGUGCUCACCCUACAGGACAAAGGGACAUCCCAAGGUGCUUGUCACACUGAAAUUCAGCUGUCUGGAGUUUUUUCUGUUGCUGUUUACAAGAGGCUGGAGCGACGUUUACACGUUUGACUUCUUCAGUCAUGUGUAUCGGUGUCAGUAUGUACAGUAUGUCAGGGUGUCAGCGUGUUGUUCUCGUUAAGUCCAGUGUUUCACUUUUGCCAUGUCACAUUAAUCACUGUCUUCUUUUGUUUUUUGUUUUUUUCAACUCAUGAAUCUGUCCACCUCCUUGUGUAAAUAUUGCAUCACUACAGUUCUAAUGAAUGGCAAGAGAAAGUAUGACUAUGAACAACAGAAGUCGUUUUUUGUUUUGUUUUUUAUUCUCUCAAUGUUACAAUCUGUUUGUCAGAAGUUACCACUUCUGUUCUUGGCAGACAUAAUGCACAAUGUUUGAAUUGUGAAGUUGCUCAUGUACAUAUAAAAACACUUUUAUAUUUAGUCUCAUUUUUGCCUUAAUGGGAAUAUGUGGAUAUGCAUUAAAAGCACUCUCGAUGAUCGAUUUUAGAGAAUAUUGAAUCAGAACUCUUCAUUGACUGUCCUCAACCUGUACUAUGUGCGUGUACAUAGUAUGUCCUGUUCCAUAUGAUCGACUUACAUGGGAGCAUAUGGUUUUAAUACCUUUGCUUUAAAGUGCCUUUACUCAAUUUGAUUAUGACAAAUAUUUCAAAAAGAGAGAAAGAAAUGACCCAGCAGUGCAGUGAGAAAUAUGUUACAGAGAAAAGGGCUUGAUACUGUGUUCUAUUUGAAAUUCUUUUUUCCUGAAGAAUGGAAAUAACUACUUUGUUCAUACUUUUUGAAUUCAUAAAUUAUUAAGGAGUUUAAAACUGGUGAUUCUUCUUUAUUUUUGUUAAGUUAUACAAAUUAAAAUGUUUUGUUAGAGACUGGAUAUUUGUCCUAUGACCAAAAGCUUACCAUCACAUUAUAAUGUGGGAAUUUAUUUGUAAACCCUUUCAACAAAACAAUGGUUUCUUUGUUUCCG